GGAGAUGUAUAACGGGAGGGGAGCCGCCCCGUUUUUUCUCUUUUUCUUUCCUUCUCCUUUCUCACUUUCACGCCUAUGGGUCUCACUUUCACGCCUCUUCUCUCUGCUGCACUGCUGAUAUACAUACAUGGCGGUCGGUUCGGUUACACAUCGGAAUGCAAAGCCCACAAUCGCUCGCCGCACCAGCCGUCAUCGGUACUCGCAAAUCGUCUCCGAUCACCGCGCCAUACACCUCCGGUGAAGCUCAAAUGGGUGCGGUUCGGAUCAGUGCAGACCGGUUUUGUCAGCUGCGGGCAGAAGCUGAACAGGCCUAAGUCAACAACUAAGUCACCACCACAAAUUUUUUUUAAUUUUUAAUUUUUAAUAGAAAAGUCACCACCACAAUUAAUUAAGGAAAACGGAUCGUUUGUAUCCUUUUCCAAUACGAAGAGACAGUUCUUGGAACAAAUCGAUCUCUCUAAGUCCAUCAAGCUGCGAACUUUCUCACUUGGGCUUUAAAGUCUGUCAAAUUUCUCAUCUGGGCGUGUCUUGGUUUUGAGAUCUGGUGGAGAUCUUUGCGUUUUGGGGCAAAGAAUUCAAUUGGGGUUUCUUGGAAAUUCAGUCUGAUCGCUUUGUUUGAGGAAAUGGAGAAGUCAGUGCUGCCUCUGCCUUCUGACAAGGACUUGAAGGACCUGAUAAGCCAGUUGCCAGAUGAUAUCCUUGUCCAUAUGUUGUCUUUCUUGACUUUGAAAGAAGCAGUCAGAACUUGUGUUCUUUCGCACAGAUGGAAACAUCUGUGGCCAUUUUUCAGAGGUAGUUUAAACUUUGAUGAUCCAGAUACUAUGUGGGACAUUGCUGACGAAAAGAAAAAAAUGAAAUUUGAAAGGAAAAAGUUUAUAAAAAGGGUGAACCGUAUUCUAAAAUUACUCCGAGGCUCAAAUUUAGAUGAAUUCAGAGUUUGUUUUGAGUUUGAUAAUAAUUUUAAAGAUCUGAUUGAUGGAUGGGUUGACUCUGCAAUCUCAAAGGGAGUUAAGAGGCUUGAAUUGGACUUUUCACCAACAGAGGCAUGCGAAGGUGCAAAGAGUUAUACAUUUCCACAUGAUCGUUUUACUAGCGUCGAAACUUCUGUUGGAGUAUCUUGCAUCAAGUCCCUAACGUCCCUCACUCUUCUAUACGUAAAUGUAACUGGCGAGCUUCUCGAGCAUAUCCUUUCCAACUGUCCCCUGCUUGAAAGAUUAUAUGUCAGCCAGUCUACAGACCUAGUAAAUCUGAAGAUUUGGGGUUCAUCACUGCGGUUGAAGUACUUACACAUAACACAGUGUAUAUAUUUUAAAAGUAUUGAGAUCUAUGCUCCAAAUCUGGAGUCGUUUGGCCUCGUUGGUGGAAUAAAAGAAACGCAUGUUAAUUAUGCACCCUGUCUUCUAGACCUACACGUAGGAGGACCCAAACCUUUGCAGUAUGCAAUUUGUCCGCUGUCAAGCUACCUUUCUCAGCUACAGAGUUUGGUGCUGAACAUUUGGAUCUCUCGUAUGCAAAAAUUGGAACUCCCCACAAUUCAAACGUUAACCAAUCUUAGACACCUUACAUUGAGAGUUCUUGCAUCUGAUAGAGAAAGCCUCAUCGGUUUAAUACCACUGAUAGAAGCGGCACCUUUUUUACAGAAAUUUACGUUAGUGUUGUCCUGGGGUGAACCCAUGAUAGAUAGAGAAUUAAGGAAGGUGAUGAAACGUCCUAAUAAGCAUCUCAGGGAGGUGGAAAUAAUAGGAUUUGUGGGGCGUCCAAUAGACAUUGACCUGACUAUUUACUUGCUCGAAAGUGCCAUCAAGCUUGAGAAGAUUGUUAUUACUCCUCGUUGUCCGGCUCUUUUGGGAACCCCUUGGGAGUUUAAUCAGAUUGAGAAGAAUGAACGUGCAAUAAAAGCUGCCAAGCAGCUCAAGAAAUAUCUACCCCGUGGAGCUGAAUUACUUAUUCUGUAGGCAUCAUCAUUACUAAUAUAUAUGCAUACUACUAAUUUGUUGUUGAAAAGUGAUGAUUUUCUUUUAAUGUUUUUCAUUGUAUUAUUAGUUUUGUAACUUUCUAUUAUUUAAGUGAAUGAUGGGAAAAUAAGAACUUUAUUGUGUCUUA